GUCCAAGGUUCACAGCCAUGAGCUUAUGGUCGCCAGCCUCAAGGAUCAGGCAGCCGCUGAGACGCAGGAUCAGAGCCGCAAGGCGACCCUGAAGAGCAAGAAGCUGGCCCUGAAGGCUUCGCUGGAGGACGAAAAGAACACUGCCACGUCCUCCAAGGAUGCCGACACCAAGUACCUGGACGACGUUACAUCAACCUGCCGGCAGAAGGCAGCCGACUUUGAAUCCAACCAGAAGAUCCGAAGCGAAGAGCUAGAGGCAGUGGAGAAAGCCGUGGCGAUCGUGUCUCAGAAGCUGUCUCUUCUGGAUGUCAAGUGGAGGAGCCUGCUGCAGGUGAAGCGAAAGCAGGGCUCCUCUUUGGCUGCGCUGCGUCGGCCCGCCAACGACAUCGUAAAGGCCAAAAUCGUGCCCUUCCUCACGAAGGAAGCGCAGCGCUUGCACAGCGCAGCUCUGCUGAACUUGAUUCAGCCUGCUGAGUCAAGCAAUCUCGAAGGCGUAAA